AUGAAUUCUCAUAGUACUCAAAUCCUCACCAAGAAAGUCGAACUUGAUAAUAAAGUAGAACCUCAUAUUCCAGUUGAAGAUAGGAUUUCUAGAAUUUUUAAAAAUCCAAAAAUAUACGCACUUUCUUUCAAUUAUGAUGAUGCAGCAAACUCUAAAAGGACAGUUCUUGAGA